GCAAUCUGACGACAACAUCUUCUACAUAAUCAACAAUUCAAUUUCUCGCUCAAUUUUAUCUAUUUACGAAAUUUGGAAAGAUACAGAAACGAUAAAAACGUUUAUAUUAAUCAAAAAUCACCAAUUCGAUUACCAUAAACACAAUCAUCCUCGGCGCAAACCAUCACAACCGCCAUCAUGGAUUUCGCAUCUCUCAUGUCUAAAGAGAUAUCCAAAAAGAGCGAAUCUUCCACCGAUACCUCUAAGAAAUACAUGAAGCGGUCUGAAAUUGAAGCGGAACGACAGGCCAAAUACAUGGCCGAACAACGCGCCAUUGAAGCAGAGCGUGAGGCCAAAUUAGCGCAAAAGCGCAAACGCGAAGACGAAGAAGAAGAAGCUGCUAAAGCGCGAGAGGAAAAACGCAGGAGAUUAGCUGAAGAAUCUAGGAAACAGAGGGAGGAAAGAGAAGCCGAAGAAGAGAGAAAGAGGAGGAAAAGAUUAGGAUUGCCGGAAUUGGUUAAAGAGGAUGCGGAGGAAGUGGUGGAAGAUGAUAUUCCCGACGAGGAAUUGGUGUUGAAAUUACGGGAGAUGGGACACCCUGCGAAACUUUUUGCGGAGACUCAUAAACAGAGAUUAAGGAGGUUCAGGAAAUUGGGGGUGGUUAUGACGACGGGACCAAUUCCUACGACAUUGGUUUUGGUUGAGGAAAAGGAUAUGAAGGUCGAGGAUGUACCGAAGGAUGAGGAGGGGAGAAAAUAUCUGUUCAGACAGUUGGCGAGUUAUUUUACGAUGGUUUUACAAGAGUGGGAACAUGCGCUGGAGAAAGAGAAGAGGGAUACGUUUGCUAGUAAGGCGGCUUAUAAUGCCAUGGUACAGAGUAAAGAUAACAUGACUCCUCUCUUUCGCAAAUUCGAAAAGGGAGAUCUAGAUGAGGAUAUUCUAGGCCCGGUUGUGGAGAUUGUCAAAGCAGCGCAGGAAAAACGAUACGUCGAUGCAAAUGAUGGGUAUCUACGUCUUAGUAUUGGAAAGGCUGCAUGGCCAAUCGGUGUGACGAUGGUGGGUAUUCACGAGCGUAGUGCACGCGAGAAAUUACAUGAGACUGAUAAGGGACAUGUGAUGGGAGAUGAAAUCACGAGAAAGUUUUUGCAGAGUAUUAAGAGGUGUCUCAGUUUUGCUCAGGUUAGAUGGCCUCCGGAGGAUAUCAGGCAACUGAUGGGUUGAGAAAAGGUAGUUAUAUUUUAGAGCUUGCGGCUCGAGGGAGCUUACAAUUGGUUUCCCAUCUGCGUCUUUGAGCCUACGUCCAUUUUGGGCUCCAAAGUGCUGCGUGUAGCACCACCUAAUUUAAAGUAUUGUUAUAUUUUGCUGUUUGAUUUGUUUCA